AUGCGCAAUCCCAGUUCAUCGAUUCGUCUUCUGCAACCAACAUUGUGCGAUCCGAAUGUAACGCAGUAUUCAGGCUACUUUGACGUCAAACCGGACGUGCAUUACUUUUUCUGGUUCUUCGAAAGCGUGACUGAAGACGCGCCCUUAACAUUUGCUAACUUUCAUUUUGUCAUGUGGUUGAAUGGUGGCCCUGGAUGCUCGAGUAUGGGAGGUGUAUUCACGGGACCUGGUCCUUGUCGAGUCACAGACGACGGAAGAAGUAUGGAAGCAGUUUACAACCCUUAUAGUUGGCAUCGUUAUUCGAACAUGCUGUUCUUGGAUCAGCCAGCUGGUACCGGGUUUUCAUAUGGAAACGGAACUAUCAAUAGAACGGAAGAAGGUGCUCCUUUACUGUAUGAGACCCUACAGCUCUUUCUUGAAGCCUUUCCGCAAUAUAGCAAGCUGCCGUUCCACCUGUUUGGUGAGUCGUACGCGAGCCGUUAUGUCACAGAAUAUGCCCGAUAUAUCGUUGAGAGGAAUACUGCUGCACUGGCAUUGGAUCGCAAAAUUUUGCUUCAAACGGUCGGAUUCGGCAACCCUUGGAUCGAUCCACUGUAUCAUUAUGAAUCAGACCCUCAAAUGACUUGUGACUCUACGAACCCAUUUACUGCACCACCAGAAACGUGCAAAAAGAUGAAAGAGAUUUUUCGUCACGAAUGCAUGCCGUUGUUAAAUCAAUGUUCAAUCAUGGAUACCAUUCGAGACUGCUCUGCGGCUGAUAAAAGCUGUCAAGCUAUACAAGAUUUGUUCGAUUCUACCGGCCAAAGCAACACCGAUGUUCGUAUACCUGCAAUUCAAUACACUCCACCUCAAACGUAUGCACGAUUUCUAAACCUUGCGUCCACGCAAAAGCAAAUUGGAGCUACCGUUCGUUAUACGGAAUGUUCCAAUGAUGUUAGACAAUCUUUCUCAUAUUCCGGUGAUAUUGCACGGAGCUCGAGACUAUCUGUUACAUUUCUUCUCGACCAUGGAAUACACCUCCUUGUAUAUGUCGGCGAUGUCGAUUUUCUUUGCAAUUGGUACGGCAAUUAUGCGCUGUUCAACGACCUGAGGUGGGAUGGUGCUGAUAAGUAUCGUGCAGAGUCGCUGGUACCUUGGAUAUUGAAUGAUCGUGAGGUUGGGCAGAUAAAAUCGUCAGGCCCUCUAACCUUUAUUCGUGUAUACCAAGCGGGGCAUGUGGUGCCCUACUACCAACCACUUCCAUCUCUAGCUAUGUUUCGAGCUUGGAUCACGAAUACUCCUCUCAAUCCACUUCCAGCCAUCUAUGCCGGGUCAAAGGAAAGCUAAUUUACAAUGUGGGAACCCGACACUGUUUUGACCGUG